AUGGCCAAGAAGGAAAAAAAGGGAGGGAAAGCAGGCCAAAGAAUCACAGAAGAUGGAAUUAUCUUAGUUGAUCCACCAAGAGAUGUUGCAAAUAAAGAAAAACUACAACGGAUGAGCUACUUAUACCAACUUUCAACAUGGACUACUAUGACUAAUCUAUCCGAUGACUCUCAAAGUAUUGCCAGGCUUUAUGCUAGAGAUAUAGAUCUCAUAAGUAAAAAGUCUAAAAUUAGCAUGUUACCCACCGUGAAGAGAUCGCUUUGCAAAAAGUGUCAUCGAGUACUUAUACCAAGUGUUACAGUUAGAUCAGAGAUCCGCAACCUUUCUCAACAUAACAAAAAGCUCAAUAAGAAUAAUGACGUUAUGGAGCUUAUAUGUAAUUGUGGCCAGAUAAAGAGAUUCCCAAUUGGUUUAAAUCGAAACUACAAAACCCAUUCCGAGAAGGAUGAUGUGUUAACAACUAUUUCUACGAUAAAUAAGGAUUCAUCAGAUUCCAUUCACUAUAGAGAAUAA